AUGAAGACAAUAACUUUACUUGUAUUAUUUGCAUGUAUCAACUUUAUCUCUACGGAGUCUGAGGAUGGUUUUCUUAAAGGGCACCUAAAGCCACUCGGAGGUCAUCGGCCACCAGACGUGCCCAUUGACGAAACUGACAUACCGCCGCAUCCUCGUACAUUCUGGGAGAAGUAUGUUAAACAUGGUAAACCGUUAAUUUUGAGGGGAGCUAUGAAACACAGCCCAGGUUUUAACCUAUGGACUACGCAGUAUUUGAAAGAAAAGUAUGGUGAUUUGGAAGUUCGUUUGGAAGGAAAAAUAGAGAAAGCCUCAAACAUUCCGAUUGGUGCUAAAAGUUUUGGAAGAGACACUAUUGCUAAUUUUAUUAACACGUACCAGAGUGAAAACAAAUAUAUCGUAUCUCAGUUGCCAACAGCCAUGUACCCAGAAGUCAUGGUUCCUCCCACAAUGCAGUGCGGCACGUUUAAGGACAGUUUGGUGGAAAUUGAUAUUUGGAUGAGUUCGGGAAACAGUAAAAGUGCUUUACAUAAAGAUGCAUUCAACACAUGGAAUUGUCUGGUUAGUGGAACUAAACAAUGGAAAAUGGUGGAAAACAAAUAUGAGCCGUUAAUUUAUCGAUCAUGGGAACCAGAAGCCCAGAUUGGUGGCUUUUCGUUAAUCAAUGUGUCCAGUGUAGAUAUGAUAAAACAUCCAAAUAUUGCCAAAGUUAGGUGGUCUAACUUUACUAUAACUGCUGGAGAUUGUUUAUAUUUACCAAGAAGUUAUUACCAUCAAGUCACUUCAUUCGGCGAUCCUAACAUUGCUGUGGCGCUGUUGUUUUCAAGAAUGACAGAUUUUGAUGACACAGGAUGUGACAAUGCUGAGUUGAAAUACACACCUUUAAGUGAUAUGAUAGUGACAUGGAAUUGGUCAGGACAUGGGACAAUGACAAUGGGACACGCAGAUCAUCGUGCUGUUAAAGAACAAUUGCUAAAAGCUGCCGAGAGUUACGGUAGAGUAACUGUGCAAAACUUAGCGGAAGAGACACUAUUGAUUGACCCAGAAAAAACAUUUAAUGAAGCGUUGCGGGAAAUGAUUACACCUUUUGAAAUUUUGGAUAAAGAAGGCAAAGGGUAUUUGAGCAGGGAGGAUAUAUUAAACCUAGAUAUUUACAUUGCGUGA